AAUCAAAAUAACCAAAAUGGCAGCCACCGUUGCGGGACACGUGAAAUGUCCACCAAAAGAUGUCCAAAAAUUGUUGACAAGGUACCCAGUUUUGGUGUUCCAAGAAGAAACUAACAAGGUGAAAUGUUCUCUUAGUGGCCAUCAAAUGCCAUGCAAAGCUGAUGCGAUCCUCAGUUAUGUCAGUGGUAAGAAGUUCUUGAAGCUCUACAAAGAUAAAGAAUUCGGCUAUGAGAAGUACGAACCACAUGUCGUUCCAAGCAAAAAAAGAAGACAAGAGCAUUUGUUGUUCUGUAAAUUAACAUUACGACACAUUAACAAGACUCCACGGGAUGUGGAACGACAUGUUAGUGGCAAGAAGUACAAGAGGGCACUAGAGAGAUGGCGUAAGUGUCAGGAGACUGGUGAAAAGUUCAAACCACUUGGUCAUAGAAAAAAACUAGAACCAAGAGAUGAAUCUGAUAAAGUUCCAGAAUUUUUGAAUUCUGAUGAAGAAAAGCAAUCAGAUUCUGAUUUGUCAGACUUGUAUCCAGCUGAAGACUUUGAAAGUCCAGGUGAUGAAGAAAUAGAAAUAGACUCUGAUUCAGACGACCAGGAUAGCGUUACGAAUGUGGCUAAUGGAGGUGGUCUUUUAAAAGACGUGGAGAGCAGUGAAGAUGAAAACCUCAAGGUGGAAACGAAGGGUCAUUCUAAGUCAAAGAAAGCAAAACCUUCUAGGAAAAUUAUGAAGGAAAGACCCAACAAGAACAAAAAGAAACCAAGACUAUUGUGACCAGUUCACAGCAUAUAAUUAAAUACAUUUGAAGUGAA